GCCGUCGACCCCAACGUCCAGCAGCAGCAGCAGCAGCAGGGCGGCAUGGGCGGCAUGGGUGGCAUGGGCCAGCAGCAGCCCCAGGCCGGCCAGGCUACCGGCCAGAUGGACGCUCUUGGUGAGUUCUCCUUUAUCUGUUUCUCUUCGCGGCGUGAAUGCUCUCGAGUGAUCCGGGGGAUGGAGUGUCCACCCCUCCUCCUGGCCUUGCCGGCUCUCGCUCUCCCACUCGCAUCGUUUCUCGCCUCCCUGCAAAGCUUGGCAUCCCCUCUGGUUGAGCUCAGCGCCUCGCUUUGCUUGUAGCCACCUCCACUUUCCCCUCCACCACCACCUCCACACUUCUUUUCCACAUCGUCAACCUCCCCAAUCGUUCACAUCCCCCGUCCGUAGCCCCAUCUUCCGGCUACAUCCUCAAGCAUGGAACUAACGAAACCAGACAAGGGUGUCGACGCCGUGCUUGGCAAGUUGGGCUACAAGCAGGACACUGCCACCAACGAGCGCAUCUCGGACGGUGUCCGCUCGGCCUUCAAGUCGGCCACCGGCAAGGACAUCCCCAUCCAGGACAAGCAGUAAAA